UCUCUCGUGCGCCUUGCAAACUUGCAUCAGCCAUCCUGAAAAAAAGAUUCGGAUAAGUUACAGCAAAAAUACUUCCAAAUUUAAAAAUGUGGUCGACAGUAAAUACAGCACGAAAGUCACUCAAGCACCUUGCUCGAAUUGGUCGCCAUGUGCCAUCCCUGAGGUCCUUUGGAUCGGUCGCUACUCAGAGAGUUAUCACAGAGGAUAUCCUCUCGAGAAAUGGAUUAUUUAAAAGUCGUUUUUACAGCUCUGAAGCUGUGCGGGGUGCUGUGUGUGGCAUUGAUCUUGGAACAACAAACUCCUGUGUUGCGGUAAUGGAGGGCAAAACACCUAAAGUGUUGGAAAAUGCCGAGGGAUCAAGGACCACCCCAUCUGUUGUUGCUUUCACUGCUGAUGGUGAGAGACUUGUUGGUACUCCAGCUAAGAGACAGGUAAAAUAUUGUACAANACUGAAAACUGGAAUUUACACUUUUGUUAUUUUUCAUUCAUGUACAAUUGCAGUUUAUGAUCUGGGUGGUGGUACAUUUGAUAUUUCUAUUCUUGAAAUACAGAAAGGUGUAUUUGAGGUUAAGGCCACAAAUGGUGAUACAUACCUGGGCGGAGAAGACUUUGACAACACACUACUCAAGUAUCUCAUUACAGAAUUCAAGAGAGAGUACACUUACUACUCACUAACAAAGCACACAUGUAUGAAGGUGUACAUCUCAUUAAAGGAACNAGUUCAGUGUUUGUUUUAACCAUUGUGGCUUCUUGUCUGACUUUUACAGACAGACAUCAACUUGCCUUACAUCACUGUUGAUGCCAGUGGUCCUAAGCAUUUGGCCAUGAAACUAACCCGUGCAAAGUUUGAGUCCCUUGUCAAUGACCUCAUCCAAAGGACUGUGGAACCCUGCAAGAAAUGUCUGAGAGAUGCCGGCAUUGAAAAGAGCGAAAUUGGUGAUAUUUUGUUGGUUGGUGGAAUGACGAGAAUGCCAAAGGUGCAGUCCAUUGUGCAAGAUACUUUUGGCCGUGCCCCUAGCAAGGCAGUCAAUCCAGAUGAAGCUGUUGCUGUGGGUGCCGCUAUUCAGGGGGGUGUCCUCGCUGGUGACGUCAAGGAUGUGCUGUUAUUAGAUGUGACACCAUUGUCUCUUGGUAUUGAGACACUGGGCGGAGUCUUCACAAAACUUAUCCCCAGGAAUACCACCAUACCCACAAAGAAAAGCCAGGUGUUCUCUACAGCAGCUGAUGGCCAAACCCAAGUUGAAAUCAAGGUUCACCAAGGAGAACGUGAAAUGGCCAAUGACAACAAACUGUUAGGUCAAUUUCAGCUGGUUGGAAUUCCUCCUGCUCCUCGUGGUGUGCCGCAGAUAGAAGUCACCUUUGAUAUUGAUGCUAACGGCAUCGUCAAUGUGUCUGCUAGAGACAAGGGAACUGGAAGGGAGCAACAAAUUGUUAUCCAGUCUUCUGGAGGACUUAGUAAAGACGAAAUUGAAAACAUGGUCAGAGAAUAUAGAAAUUAGAAAUUAGAUGAACAAAGAUAAGUUAAAAUAAACAGAACUGGCAAACUAAAGGAAGAAAUAAGCAAGGUCAGAGAAGUGUUAGCGAGAAAAGACAGCGAAACAGCCGAGUCUAUCCGACAGGCGUACAGUGAACUGCAGCAGAAGUCACUCAAGCUCUUUGAGAUGGCUUACAAGAAGAUGGCCUCCGAAAGGGAAGGAGGAGCCUCGUCUUCAAGCAGCGACCAAGGCGAACAAAGCGAACAAAGCGAACAAAGCGGAGGCACUGGGGAAGAGCAAGAAAAGAAGAAGGAAGAAAGCUAAAUUAUUUGACGCGCUAUCCACGACCACAGCCGUGCAAGAAUCUUCACUGUAUCAAGAGGAAUUUUGUUUUGGUUAGCUUAAAUGAUGGAUUCGUACGUGGCUGUGAGUGUUCUAGAAAAGAACUUAUCCAAGAAGUACUCAUUUCAAGUGAAGAUGU